AUAAAAUUGCUAUAAAACUUAAUUGAAAUAUAUUAUAAUAUAUAUACAAAUAAUUUUUAUCUCUUAAUAAUAAAUAAUAAUAACAAUAAAAAAGCAAUCACACGAAAAUUAUAAAGCUAUUAUUUGAGGUGUUUCUAUGCAAAACGUGUUAUCUCCAUUUUUAAUAAAAUCGAGUUAUACAUCGAUUCAUAUUGAAAAAAUGGCGAGAAAUCGAUUAAAACCGUUAUUUUUUGUCAAAACGUACUAUUUCCCAGCUGAAAUCAUGCUUAAACUAUUACUUUUUUUUCAAAACGUGUUAUUUCCAAUUGAUUUUUUUUCUAAAACGUACUAUGUCCACUUUCCUCCAAAACGUGCUUUUUCCUGUACUAAAUCAUAGGACAUAUUUCUCAUUUUUUUCCAAAACGUAGUAUAUCCAUAAUUUUAGUCAUAACGUGUUAUUUCCGUUUUACAUCAAAACGUGUUAUUACACAUGUUAUUAAUAUAGCAAUUAAACUACAUUUAAUUCAAAAGGUGCUAGUGCCAGAAUCGUUGACUCCUUUAAAAUUAAAAUUAUUUCAUUAAUUUGCAUUAAAAUAUGAUGUGGUUUAGUACAAAACCAACAAUUAUAAAUAGAAAAAUAAUAUGCAAGUAAAAAAAAAAAAAAUUAUAUGAUAAGCCUAUCUAUAACCACAUGAUUGUAAUUUCCCGCCAAACUUCAUGAUAGCUGCUCUUGGCUUCUUUAUGAUAAUACUAUAAGCUGUGUUAUCGUUUUAAUAUUCACAAUCCCAUAUUUCCUUGACAAAAACUUAAAAUUUAUACUUGAAAAUGUAAUAAUUAUUAAUUAUGUUAAUUUUUCGUGGAUAUUAGUAUAUUACUAACUCCUAAGUUGUAAAAAUAAUAUUAGAAGUUAGAAUAAUUAGAAGAUAUGUUGCAAUCAAAGCGAGCCAAGCUUAUGGCGGAUAAAAGCAACAAAUAACACAUUUUCAACUUUUCAAUCUACUUCCAUUAGAAAAGUAGAAGAAUGGCUUAAUACACAAACCAAGAGUAAUAUUGUGAAAGAGUUGUGGCCUACUACAGAACUCCAGACACUAUCUAAAAAAAAUAUUUUAACUGAAAAUUCAAAUAAAUCAAUAAUUUCUGAAUACAGCAAUAUUGGCAAUGAAAAUACUAUGGCAAAUGAAGCAUGUUCAAUGUAUGUAACAUAUAAACAAAACAACAACAUAGAUUUACCAAAUAAUUCAGGCGAAUGGAAUUCUAAUAAUAUUGAACAGGUUGAUAAUAUUUUAAGCAAGACUGUAUUGAAAGAUAUGAAAUUUGAAAUGAUAGAUGGAAUUGAACUUCUGGACACUGUUUGCCAAGAUGAAAUACCUGCUGUUAUAGUGGUCCCCCCAGGUAAUUCUUUUCCUAGAAUAAGAGCUACUGGUAAUGAGGUAAACAUUGAUACAUUAACAAAUUCUGAUGAAUCCAGUGUAAAUCUUGAAUACUGUGAAGUUGCUAAACCAACUCAAGGGGGAAGAUCAAGAAAAAAAAUCAAUACACGUCAAAAGAAUAAAAAUAUUAAAAACAAGAUUUCUACUCAAUUUGAAAUAAAAUGUAAGCAUAAUAUUGAAAAUUCUGUCUCUAAUACAAUUUGCAUGCUAAAAAGCAAAUUAACUCAUGAUGAUUGUAAAAUCUUUAAUAAAAAAUUAAGUGACAUUCAAUCAAAAAUUGAACAGGAUAAAUUUAUUUUAAGUUUCAUGUCUAUUGAUAAAGCUAAACGCACAAAUCGUAAAAAGAUAUUCUCAAAUCGAACAACAAGAGCUGUUUAUAAAUAUUUUAUACCAACAUCAGAAAGUGAACGUGUUCCUGUAUGCCUAGAUGCAUUUGUUUCAGUAACCAAUAUAACUAAAAGGCGAAUACAUAUCUUGGGUAGGCAUUUUUUUGAUUACCAAGUAUCUCCUGUUGAAAAAAGAGGAGGUUGUCGUAUCACUCCAAAUACAUUAGAAAUAUCAGAGUCUAUUGUAAAUCAUAUUGAAACAUUUAGAUGUAGAAAAAGCCACCAUACUAGAAAAGAUACUGGUAGAAGUUACUUGCCUCCUGAAUUAAACGUAACUUUAAUGUGGUCAAAGUGGCAAGCUGAAAGAAAAUCAAAUGAUUUACCAGUAGCGUCAUUCAGUAAAUACUAUAACAUAUAUACAAAUAAAUUUAAUAUAUCAUUUGGGCACCCAAGACAAGAUGUAUGUAGUUUCUGUACAGAAAAAAUUUCCAAGAUAUCUGUAGAAAACGAUAAACACAUUAAAAAUGAAAUGAAACUGGAACUCAAAACUCACCAAGCAUUAUCCAAAUUUUUUUUUAAAUUGAUGUAUGAGAAAAAUGAGAGUGAAAUUAUAGAUUAUUGAUAUGAUGCAAAACCAAGCUCUUCCCAAACUUUCAGUAACCGAUACAUUUUACAGCAGACAAGCUUGGCUUUACAAUUUGACAUUUGUGUCUAAUUCGGAUCAUCAAACUGCUGAAAAUGUAGAUCUGUAUACCUGGCUAGAAACUCAAAGUGGUCGUGGCCCUAAUGAGAUUUGUAGUGCAUUGUUACACUUUUUGGAACAGUUAGAAAAUAAAUUAAAAGCAGCAGGCCAGUCACCAAAAGUUUUGAAAUUAUUUUCAGAUUCCUGCUCUGCCCAAAAUAAAAAC